AUGUAUGGAGCCGAAUGUUGGCCAGUGAAAAAGACGCACGUACAAAAGCUUCACAAUGCAGAGAUGAAGAUGCUGAGAUGGUCUGGAGGUGUAACGAGGCUCGACAAAAUAAAAAACGAGUAUAUUCGAGGUAGUUUUAAAGUCGCACCUAUAUCUGACAAAUUAACGGAAAGCCGCCUCCGAUGGUAUGGUCACGUCAUGCGAAGAGACGAGGAUCACGUAGUAAGGAAAGCCUUAAAACUGCCCGAACAAAAGAGAGGUAGAGGACGACCUCCCGCUACGUGGUGGACCAGCAUGACGAAGCUUUUAACAAAGGAAGAAUUACCUGACCCGACAACCCAGGACAGAUUGUCCUGGCACCAUAAAAUUAGGAGAGCCGACCCCACAUAA